AUUCCUCGUUUCCUUCUAAACCACCACUAAAUGAAGUUUGUAGCGCUCCUUUCGGGCGGAAAAGACUCAUGCUACAACAUCCUCCACUGCCUCCUGCAGGGCCAUGAGCUUGUGGCGCUUGCGAACCUCCAUCCCGCGCAGAGCGGUGUGGACGAGCUCGAUUCGCACAUGUUCCAGACAGUGGGCCACGACAUUGUGGAUUACUAUUCCGAGUGUAUCGGGGUGCCGAUGUACCGCCAGGAGAUCACGGGCUCGUCGAAAAACCAGAAGCUUGAGUAUGAGAGCACCCAGGAUGACGAGAUCGAGGACUUGUACGUGCUCUUGCACGCGGUGCGCACGCGGCACCCGGACGUGCGCGGCGUGAGCGUGGGCGCGAUCUUGUCGACGUACCAGCGUACACGCGUAGAAAAUGUGUGCGCACGGCUUGGGCUCACCAGUUUGGCGUACUUGUGGCAGCGCGACCAGACGGUGUUGAUGCGCGAGAUGUGUGCAAGCGGUUUAGACGCGCGCAUCAUCAAGGUCGCAGCCAUUGGUCUCUCUGCGCGCCACUUGGGCAGGACCAUCCAGGAGAUGGGCCCUGUUUUGGAGGCCUUGAACGCAAAAUACGAUGUGCAUGUGUGUGGCGAGGGUGGUGAAUUUGAGACGAUGGUCUUUGACGCGCCGUUUUUCAAAAAGCGGUUGGAAAUUACUGAGCAGCAUGUGGUGGAGGUUUCCAGCGACGACGUGUGCUAUUUAAAGUUUGCAGUCAGGAUGGUGGAUAAGGAGGGGUAUGUGAUGCCAGAUUGGAAGGAUGUGGUUGUCCCACCGUUGUUGAGUGAAUCGUUCCAGGAUGUAUACGAGCUUGUUGAGAAGAAGGUGGGGAAGACUGAGAGUGAGGGCGGGUUGAGGUAUGACUGGAAAAUGGAAGCGAAGGUUCUUUCGACAGAAACUUCGUUGUAUAUUUCGAAUUUGCAGGGGGAAGAGGCGGAGUCUCAGGUCGAGGUGGAUUCCACCAAGAUUUCUAACCAAAUCAAAGACAUCUUCGGUCAACUCUCCACGGUUCUUUCUCGUUACGGUUUGAACUUUGCAGACAUUCAGUCGACGUCACUUCUCGUAGCAGAUAUGGCGAAUUUUUCGGAGAUCAACACAGUCUAUUCCUCCUUCUUCCCCAACGUGUUGCCUCCAGCCCGGAUGUGUGUCGAGACCUAUCUCCGUCCCGGCUGUGGCGUCCAGUUGUCUUGUGUAGUUAAAUUUCCCGGGGCCAAGGCAGCCAAGGCUGGGGUCCAUGUCCGGGGCUUAAGCUACUGGGCUCCGUGCAACAUCGGGCCCUAUUCCCAGGCGAUUGUGGAUACGCGCAACGCUAUAGCGAGCCUCGCGGGGCAGAUUCCGCUUAUUCCCGCCUCCAUGGCCUUGCACGACAGUUCCACACCCGAAACGCUAGCCGAGUCCGCCAUCUUGGCUCUACAGCACUUGAAUAACGUCAAGGCUAUCGUGAAGUGCCGCGAGGACUUGGCCAUUGUGUGCUUUAUCACCGACCUGCUGAGCGUCAGAGUUGUUAAAAGUGUCUGGAGCGAGUACCAAGAUGUCACGCAGGGGAACCCCGGCGUUUUGGUCAUUGUUCUGGUCAGUCAUUUGCCAAGAAACGCCGAGGUGGAGUGGGGUGGCUUGAGUUUUGACCCAGUGGCCAAUCAGCGAGACAUGUAUUAUGAUUCCGAUGACGAAUCUGAAGAGGAUGCCCUUUGCAGCAUGCUUGAGGCGUUGACUGUCGAUAAAACCACUGUUAAAACGGGCACAGUUCUGGUUUCUACGAUGUUCUUUAACGUUGGUGACGAGUCAGAAAUAGGCGAGGUCUUGGGCUUGCCUCAGUCCCACUUCCAGAUCUACGGCGCGCCAGAAAGAGUUGCCAUGUUGACGACCCUUAUGGAAAAGAUAGAGUCUGUGGAGUAUUUGCCGGUGGGGAAUGUCUGGGAUCACGCGGGGGUAAAGCAUGAUUUCGCGAUUGUGGUUAGAACCGAGAAUUAACGAGCUACGUGUAUUAGCUUACAAGAUAAAUACUGGGAUUCAAUAUGUAGAAUAGCGCACUACUAAACUUCACCUCCUGGAGUCCAAAAUGAAAGUUACAAGGGUGGCUCAUCCCAGUGAUAUUUCGCAGACUCAAAC